AUGACACCUUCGCAGUUGGUGCAGGCCCCGGAUCAAUAUUUGAUGAAACCAACGCUGCAAUCAUAUCUCAAGUACCUUGACCGACACAUUGAUAGGAUGUUCAACACUUACAGGGAAAUGCUGGAGAUCCGUUCUCGUAUCGCAGAACUUCUUGCCAGCGACCAAUCAGAAGUCACCGAGGGCACAUGGGAUGGUACCGUUGGCAUCCAAGCGAUCGUCGAUGAGCCUCAGACCAUUACCCCAAGUGUACUCCAUGAGAUUAAUGCUACAUCUUCCGAGAUCACUGGAUCGUCGUCAGAGAGUGUAAAUGAUCCCCUCGGUCAACUUCCCCAAGACAUAUUGCCCUCCAGUUCUUCCGGUUCCGACAGCUAUGAGUCUAGGGCACAAGACUUCGUGCCUCAGCAUGGCACGUACUCUGAGGGGCAGACCCUGUCAAGUUCUUCAGCCAGACGCGAUGAACAAUUACUUCCAAAAGUACGGUGCACCCAGCCUGGGUGCUCGAGUGUCGUCAACAAGAGUAAUCUCACUCGUCAUAUCAACGAGGUGCAUGAGCGAAAGGUUAAGGCUCGAUGCGCCAGCUGUGGGAAAGGGUUUACACGCCCGUACAUGAUGGAGGAUCAUAUUCGUAGGGCCAACUGCGCAAGUCCCUAG